AUGCCAAACAUAACACAACUCUUCUUCAGUUUCACCACUUAUUUCAUACACUCUUUCAGCGCUAUCUUCACAACCGCUGAUGAAGACAUUCAGACGGCAUUCAAAUAUGCCAUACAUUUGCAUAAUAACGACACUUCCUCUCGAUUCAAAGUGGAGGCAGUGGUCGAUGUGGUGGACAGCGACGACCCCUUCAAAGUGAGCCGGGCCCUGUGCCUUCAACUAAGCCGAGGUGUAUUCACUUUGGUCUCACCGAUCAUCGGUCACGCCUACGAAACACUAGUUUCUUACUCAAAUAUGUUUCAGAUGCCAUUCGUUCACUUGGGGUUGAGUCGGACAAGUGAUGUGAGGCAUGCAAACUAUGGCAUCUCUAUGAGACCCACGUAUUUGCCGGCAAUCGUCGAUGUAAUCAAGUUCUAUGAGUGGAAAACCAUCAUUUACAUCUACCAAAACGAUGAUGGUUUAAUGAAAUUACAGCACAUAUUCUCCAUAGUUAACGAUAACUAUACGCUAGAAAUACGAGCCGUUAAGCGAAUAACUGAUGCAAAAGAUGCCCACAUUUUCCUACAGUCUCUGGAGUUAUCGGACAGUCAGUCGCGAAAGUAUGUAAUACUAGACUGCGAUUCAGAGACCGCCAAAAAUAUAAUCAUAGAUCACAUAAUGGAUGUGUACUGGAACAAUCAGGUGCUAGAGUUCGGUGCCAUUAAUAUAACAGGAUUUCGUAUUCUUCAGACAAACACUUAUGAAUUCAGACAAUUCUCCCGGAGUUGGAAGGGUCUGGACGCCCAGCGAUGGCCCGGAGCCGGAACUGACUACUUCUCUGCGGACACCGCUCUCAUGUUUGACUCAACGAAAGUGUUUUUAGACGCUUAUAAUCGCCUUUUGAAGGAAAAGUCUAAUAUGUUUCGCAAUAACUUCAGAAGAGGUGAGUUCUUCAACAAUGGGUCCAAAGGAAUCGAUUGCCAAAAACUUCCCAUCAGUUUCUGGGAACACGGAAACAAAAUCGCUAAAUUCAUUAGAAAAACAGAUAUCGGUGGACUCACUGGCAAUAUAUCGUUCAGUGAAAUGGGUUUUCGAAAAAACUUUUCGAUAGACAUCGUGGAGAUGACGGUUAACAAUGAAAUGUCAAAAAUCGCACAAUGGACUGAAGACGAGGGCAUGGAAUUGGUUCCGGGAAAGUAUCGCAGAGUCUUCCAGGAGUCCAAUAUUGAGAAUAAGACUUAUAUAGUGACCAGUAUUUUGGAAGAGCCAUAUUUGAUGGAGAAAGUGCCCGAACCGGGAGUUGUACUGACAGGAAAUGAUAGAUACGAGGGUUACUGCAAAGAUUUGGCCGACUCUAUCGCCAAAAACGUUAACUUCAAUUACGAGCUAAGACUAGUGAAUGAUUCAAAAUAUGGUGGUUUAGACUCCAAGUCUCCCAGCGGUUGGAACGGUAUGGUCGGGGAGCUCAUCAGAAAAGAGUCGGAUAUAGCGAUCGCGCCGUUGACCAUAACGUCUGCCCGCGAGAGAGUAAUCGACUUCACGAAGCCAUUCAUGUCUUUGGGAAUAUCGAUAAUGAUUAAGAAACCGGUCAAGAAGAACCCCGGCAUCUUCUCCUUCAUGAACCCUUUGAGUCAAGAGAUAUGGUUUCGAGAUUUUCUCCUCACGAGUGGCGAUACGAAGACACUCUUUGCGGACCUAAAGUCUGUAUCGGGACGGAUAGUUGGGUCCGUUUGGUGGUUCUUCACACUUAUUAUAAUAUCUUCAUAUACGGCUAAUUUGGCUGCUUUUCUAACUGUGGAGCGAAUGGUCACUCCAAUCAACUCAGCCGAUGAUCUUUCCAAACAAACUGAAGUGGAGUACGGAGUUUUGCGAUAUUCAUCUACAAUGGAGUUCUUUAGAAAAUCCAAAAUAACGGUUUACUCGCGAAUGUGGGAAUUCAUGAGCGCUAAGCCUAAUGUCUUUGUCGACUCGUAUAAGGAGGGCAUCAAAAGAGUGAGGGAAUCAAAGGGCAAAUAUGCCUUUCUUAUAGAAUCGACACAAAAUGACUACAUUAAUGAGCGCCAGCCGUGCGAUACAAUGAAAGUGGGCCGCAAUUUGGACGCUAAGGGCUAUGGUUUGGCAACUCCUUUAGGAAGUCCUCUCCGAGUUGAACUCAAUUUAGCGGUUCUUAAUCUCAUCGAAAGCGGGGAUUUGACUAAAUUGGAGAACAAGUGGUGGUACGACAGGUCCGAGUGCAAGACUAAGGACCUUAAGGAGUCGUCUCAGAGCGAGUUAACCCUGUCCAAUGUAGCAGGGUGCUUCUAUAUUCUCAUUGGAGGUCUAGUGAUGGCGAUGGCAAUGGCUUUAAUUGAAUUUUGCUGGAAAAGCAGGAAAGAAGCGCUUCAGUCAAAGAUCACUAUUUAUGAAGCAAUGAAAGCCAACGUUCGGCUCUCCAUCACAGGAUCGCCCGCUUAUUCCGUGUACUUAGAAAGGGCUCAUUUUGUGAGUUGUGUCGGCUGGACAUCACCAGAAGAAGUGAUAUCGUGUGGAGAUGACCACCAAUUGCUUGUCUGGAAUGUCUCAUCUCAUGAGUCGACUAAACUAUCGGAUUUGCCUAAAGAGCUCUUCCCAACAGACCUCCACUGUUAUGCAAAAUCUAGUAAACAGAAAGUGUCCGAUCAGAUGGUUUUGGGAGCUUCUGAUGGUAAGUAUCACUUCAUUUCACGCAAUGGAAAGAUAGAGAAGACAGUGGAGGCACAUACGGGUGCUGUGCUGGCCGUCCGAUGGAGUAAUGAUGGCUCAGCGCUGGCCAGUGCUGGUGAGGACGGACUCGUGAAAGUGUGGUCCCGGAGCGGAAUGUUGCGCUCAACCCUGUCCUCGAGUCCAGUCCCAACCUAUUGUAUAUCGUGGUCACCGAAAAACGAUCAAAUUCUCUACACUUUCGACAAAAACCUAAUAAUCAAACCUUUGACCCCAAACUCCAAACCCAUUGAAUGGAAAGCACACGAAGGAGUGAUCCUUAAAGUCGAUUGGAAUCCCAAUAACGACUUAAUCAUAUCCGGCGCUGAAGACCGCAGAUAUAAAGUGUGGGACUCUUUGGGAAGAGUGUUAUUCAUGAGCGCCACUCACGAGUUCCCGAUCACAUCGUUGUCCUGGGCUCCAGAGGGCACACUCUUUGCCAUCGGAUCCUACAAUACAUUGAAGUUAUGCGAUAAGUACGGCUGGUCUUAUUCACUGGACAAACCACAUAUCCAGAGCAUAUUUGGGCUGAGCUGGUCCACCGAUUCCACACAAAUAUCAGGCGCCUGUGCCAAUGGGAACGUCAUAUUCGCUCACGUCAUUGAAAAGCGGGUCGAAUGGAAGUCCUUUGAGGUGAAUGUGUUGGGCCGCAAGAAUAUUCACGUCAAAAAUGUGACCUCUGGUGUGGAGGACGACCUCGAGUUCAGGGAUUAUGUCAUAAAAAUAUCGUUUGAAUUCAAUCACCUGAUUGUCAUCACAACGAAUCAGUGUUUCAUAUAUAAGGCCAACAACUGGACGAUCGCCCACCACCUCGACCUCAAAGAGACUAAUGUAUCGCUUAUUCUUCAGUGCGAUAAACAUUUUAUGCUAAUCGACAGCACAAACGUCGGGCUCUACUCUUAUGAGGGAAGACUACUCUUGAAUAUCAAAUGGAUUGGUAUGAGAAUCGAGUCAUUAAAUUCUGAGACUAUAAGUUUGAGCGGUGAUACCAUUGCGGUCAGAGAUGCCAAUGAUAUGAAAGCGAUUCACUUCAUCGACACCACAAAUGGCAAAAUAAUGAACGAAGGCGUCAAUGCAUUGAAACACAAAUUAGACAUCACUUGCGUUGCACUCAAUUAUUGCGGACCAAUAUCUGAGAGGAUGUGUGCCUUUAGUGAUAAAAACGCCGACAUUUACUUAAGUCUUGUCCGACCGGCGCAGACAACAGUGUUUAAGACCAUUAAAUUGGUUUCAAUGGUUAAGUGUUUCAUUUGGAACAACGAUUCCAACAUUUUGGCCACAAUUCGCGAGAAUAAUCGCUUAAGCGUUUGGAUUUACCCGACGGUGGCCUUCGUUGACAGCGAUCUACUGUCGAUGGUUGUCAUCGAGAAGGACGGCACUGACAUCACCGAUAAAAGUCCGCAAAUUAUUAAUUUCCUGAACAACAGACUCAGUAUUCGUCGCUCUGAUGGGUCACUGAUCUCGUCGUCGAUCAAUCCGUUCGUAAAUCUCUUACACUCUUAUGCCUCACAACAGCAGUGGACUGAAGGACUCAAAUUGUGUCAGUUCUUGAGGGAUAACUAUGAUGUGAGGGCUCUGUGGGCCGCCUUCGCCGGGAUGGCCCUUCACGCCAGACAACUGGACACCGCAGAGAUGGCCUACGCGGCUGUCAAUCGUGUCGAUAAAGUGCUGUAUAUUCAGAAAAUACAGAAACUUAAAGACAAAGAGGCAAAGAGUGCAGAGAUAGCUCUCAUUUGUGGCAAUAUUAGAGAAGCAGAGAAUAUAUUAAUUCAAAGCGGAUUUAUUCUGAGAGCCAUUGCUCUGAAUCUGGAACUCUUCCGAUGGGAGAGGGCUCUCGAGUUGGCCCACAAAUACGAGAAGAACAAUAAAUUCAUGGAAUUGGUUCAGGCAUUCAGACACAGAUAUCUGGAAAGAGUGGGCAAAAAGGAAACCAUUCAAUCGUAUCGACAACUUUCUAAUGAAACAGAGUUCUCCGAAUGGAAUGUAUAUCAAGAAAGACUGGACACGGCUUAUGAGCACAGAGUAGUCACACAAUCCAAGAGUACAUCCAAGAAAUGA